AUUCUGUGUUCCCAUGGUACCAGCCUGCCUAUAAAAGACAAGAGAGAUUAGCUCCUAGAAGGAGACCAGCAGUCCUGAGACUCCAGCGCCAUCUCUGCUCCAUCCACACUCCACUCCUCUGUGGGUCCAGCAUCAUGAAGGGUCUCCUGGUAUUCCUCUUUGUCCUCCUCUGCACCACCAGCCUUUGUUCUUGUGAAAAAGAUAAGAUUUACACCCCACCCACCUGCUGCUUUUCCUACGUCUCCCAGCCAAUCCCUCUGAAUCACAUGGCUUCCUAUUAUAAGACCAGCGGCGCCUGCCUCAAAGAAGGAAUCAUCUUUCUCACCAAAAAGGGCCGUCAUAUCUGUGCCAACCCCAGUGAUGCCUGGGUCCAGAAACAUAUCCAAAAACUUGACAUGAAUCCAUGAAUGGUCCUGCAGGAACCAGAGAUUUGAAUUGAUUGGGGAACCAAAGAAGUUCCCAAGUCUCCCUCUCUCUCCCCUAUGAAUUCCCCCCUUCCACUAAUCACACUGUGAAAUGUUAACUUUAGUUAAGCAACUUAAAUAUUGCAAAUCAUUUUGUCUAUUUGAUGCUUUUGCUAAGAAGUCAUAGACUAUCCUCUUAUUCCCAGACCCACUUUCUGUCAGUAGUUGGCUUGUAUUUAGAGUGAUUGUGAAUGAUGGCUUUUUUUUCCCCUAGGUGGUCAUUGAACAUCAUCAGAUGUUUACUGAUUUAUAAGCCCUUUACUAUAUUAAAUAUGUAGGUAUACAUAUAUAUGAACAAUAAAAGUUCUUUUUUGUUUUCCUA